AGAGGAGGACAGACGUGUGCAGACCAGAGCGCACCAACUCCACAAAGACAAGCAAGAAGAGGAGUUUGUAAGGAGAACACAAGAGAGAGAUAACAGUUUUUUUUUACAUCAGCAAACUGUGGUGGAUAUCAAACCUGCAUCAAAAGAACAAAAAGGAUUUGUAUUGUUUCACAGCUGAGAAGAAAAUCUUGUCAUAGUUUUUUUUUUUUUCUUCCUUCUAUUUAUAUUCACAACAGAAAUAAAUUAUUCCUGUGAACCUGUGAAGUGUAGCAGAACUCUUGGAAGCAGACAGAGAAAGAGAGGUGGACAGAAAAGUAAGGGGAAGAAGAGGAGGCUGCUGUGGUGGUGAAUAUGCCCAUUAGAAGUAACUGUUUUGAGGCAAGCAUGGGCAGCCUGGCCAUGCACUGGAUGUGGGUGCUGAUGCUCUCUGCCCUGAUCACUGGGAACACCAGUGCCUGCCCAGCCCUGUGUACCUGCAGCGGCACCACAGUAGACUGCCACGGACUGGGUCUCAAAACCAUGCCAAGGAAUAUCGCCCGCAACACUGAAAGACUGGAGCUGAAUGGAAACAACCUCACACGCAUCACCAAGAGUGACUUUGCUGGACUGAAGUACCUCAGAGUUCUGCAGCUGAUGGAGAAUCAGAUUACGGUGAUCGAGCGUGGAGCUUUUGAUGACAUGAAGGAACUGGAGCGACUGCGGCUGAACCGUAAUCAACUGCAGCAGCUUCCCGAGUUGCUGUUUCAGAAGAAUCCUGCCCUGUCUCGACUAGAUUUGAGUGAAAACUUUAUCCAAUCCAUCCCCAGAAAGGCAUUCAGAGGAGCAACAGAUAUUAAAAACCUCCAGCUGGAUAAAAACCACAUCAGCUGCAUCGAGGAUGGAGCAUUUAGAGCUCUGAGAGGCCUGGAAGUACUAACACUGAACAACAACAACAUCAGCGCUAUCCCAGUCUCCAGCUUUAACCACAUGCCCAAACUACGAACUUUCCGCCUCCACUCCAACAACCUGAACUGUGACUGUCAUCUGGCCUGGUUGGCCCAGUGGCUCAGACAGAGGCCUACCAUUGGUUUAUUUACCCAGUGUAUUGCCCCGCCUGAGCUCAGAGGACUGAAUGUGGCAGAAGUCCAGAAACAUGAAUUCAGCUGCUCAGGACACCAAGAGUCAUCCAGCUUUCAGCCGUGCAGCACCGGUGGAGGUUCUUGUCCUGCCAUGUGCACCUGCAGCAACAACAUCGUGGACUGUAGAGGGAAAGGUCUGACCGCCAUCCCGGCCAACCUACCUGACAGUAUGGCGGAAAUACGUCUGGAGCAGAAUGGGAUUAAGUCUGUUCCUCCCGGAGCCUUCUCUCCCUACAAGAAACUGCGUAGGAUAGACCUGAGCAACAACCAGAUCUCAGAGAUAGCUCCUGAUGCCUUCCAGGGCCUGCGCUCCCUCAACUCCCUCGUGUUGUAUGGAAAUAAGAUCACCGACUUGCCCAAGGGGGUGUUUGAUGGCCUCUAUGCCUUGCAACUCCUGUUGCUGAAUGCCAAUAAGAUUCACUGUGUUCGUGCCAACACCUUCCAGGACCUGCAGAAUCUCUCGCUGCUAUCUCUCUACGACAACAAGAUCCAAACCCUUGCCAAGGGCACCUUCACUUCACUGCGAGCUAUACAGACCCUUCACCUGGCCCAGAACCCGUUUAUUUGUGACUGUAAUCUGAAGUGGCUGGCAGACUACCUUCGCUCCAACCCAAUCGAGACCAGCGGCGCCCGCUGUGCCAGCCCACGCCGUCUUGCAAACAAACGCAUUGGACAGAUCAAGAGCAAGAAGUUCCGCUGCUCCGCCAAAGAGCAGUACGUCAUCCCAGGUACAGAGGAUACCCGUCUGAAUAAUGCCUGUAACAGUGAUCCAGUGUGUCCUCCCAAGUGUCGCUGUGAGUCCAACGUAGUGGACUGCUCCAACCUGAAGCUCACCAAGAUCCCUGAGCACAUCCCUUCAUCCACCACUGAACUCCGUCUUAACAACAAUGAGAUCACCACUCUGGAGGCAACUGGAGUCUUUAAGAAUCUUUCCCAGCUGAAGAAAAUUAAUCUCAGCAACAAUAAAAUAACAGAGAUCGAGGAUGGGACGUUUGAAGGUGCGUCAUCUGUCAAUGAGCUUCACCUCACAGCCAAUCAGAUCGACUCUGUUCGAAGUGGGAUGUUCCGAGGCCUGGAGGGACUGCGUAUGCUAAUGCUGAGGAACAACAAGAUCAGCUGUGUCCACAACGACAGUUUCACAGGACUUCACAACGUCCGUUUGCUGUCUCUGUAUGACAACCAGCUAACCACAAUCACUCCUGGAGCCUUCGACACACUACAGACUCUCUCCACUCUUAACCUCUUGGCCAACUCCUUCAACUGCGACUGUCGUCUGGCCUGGCUGGGUGAUUGGCUGAGGAGUAGGAAGAUUGUGACAGGUAACCCUCGCUGCCAGCGGCCAGCCUUCCUGAAGGAGAUUCCCCUGCAGGAUGUGGCUCUGCCUGACUUCCGCUGCGAAGAGGGCCACGAGGAGUCGAGCUGUGUCCCCCGACCUCAGUGUCCCAGCGAGUGUACUUGCCUGGAGACCGUGGUGCGCUGCAGUAACAAGCACCUCCACAUACUACCCAAAGGCAUUCCCAGAAAUGUGACUGAACUGUAUCUGGAUGGAAACCAGUUCAGUGUUGUACCAAAGGAACUGUCUACCUUCAAAUACCUACAGCUGGUAGACCUGAGUAACAACAAGAUCAACUCUCUGACCAACUCAUCCUUUGCUAACAUGAGUCAACUUACCACUCUAAUCCUGAGCUACAACUCCCUACGAUGUAUCCCCAAAAUGGCUUUUAGUGGAUUGCACUCUCUUCGACUGCUAUCUCUCCAUGGCAAUGAAAUCUCAGAGCUUCCUGAUGGCAUCUUCAAUGAUGUGGCUGCACUUUCCCAUUUGGCAAUUGGUGCUAACCCCUUGUACUGCGACUGUCGCCUGCGCUGGCUGUCUGACUGGGUGAAGACUGGAUACAAAGAGCCUGGAAUUGCUCGCUGUGCUGGCCCACAGGGCAUGGAGGGCAAACUGCUCCUCACCACACCUGCAAAGAAAUUUGAAUGCACAGGUGAGGUUGAUACUGCAGUGCUGGCUAAAUGCAACCCCUGUCUGUCCAAUCCCUGUCUGAACCACGGCAUCUGCCACAGUGACCUGAUGGAGAUCUAUAGGUGCAGCUGUCCUCCAGGAUUCAAGGGUAAGAACUGUGAGACAGGUCUGAAUGCCUGUGUUAGCAACCCAUGUGCCAACGGAGGAACCUGCCAAGUGGGCGAUGAAGAGGAGGGAGAAUACAGUUGCACCUGUCCACUGGGCUUGGAAGGCCCCACUUGCCAAAUCAACGUUGACGACUGUGAAGACAACGACUGCGAGAAUGGAGCAACCUGCAUCGAUGGCGUCAACAACUACACUUGUUUUUGUCCCCCCUACUACACAGGGGAGAUGUGCGAAGAAUUGGAAGAUAUGUGUGCUCCAGGAAGAAACCCCUGCCAACAUCAGUCUACCUGCCUCAUCACCUCCUCUGGACCCAAGUGUGUGUGCUCUCCUGGUUAUGUUGGUGACGACUGCAGUGUAGACUACAAUGACUGCGAGGAGCAUCGCUGUCAGAAUGGAGCUCGAUGUGUGGAUGAGCUGAAUGGAUAUUCCUGCAUCUGUUCUGAAGGAUACAGUGGUCAGUUGUGUGAGGUUGCACCGUCUCCACUGUCGCUGUGUGAACUUGCCGACUGUCAGAACAGCGCCCCCUGUGUGGAGCGAGGAGGACGUGCUCUCUGUCAAUGUCCUCCAGAGUUCGGGGGACCACGCUGUGAAAAGCUGGUCAGUGUCAACUUCAUCGACAGAGACUCAUACCUACUGCUGUCUGAUCUCAAGAACUGGCCUCAAGCUAACAUCACCCUGCAGGUGUCUACAGCUGAGGACAACGGCAUCCUGUUGUACAACGGAGACAAUGAUCAUAUUGCUGUGGAACUCUUUCAAGGCCAUGUUAAGGUCAGCUAUGACCCCGGCAGCCAGCCAGGCCACGCCAUCUACAGUACCGAGACUAUUAACGAUGGUCAGUUCCACACAGUGGAGCUGGUGACCUUCGACCAGAUGGUGAACCUGUCUAUUGACGGGGGUCUCCCUACCACAAUGGACAGCUUUGGGGCGGUGCGGCCCCUCAACGGGGAGGCGCCGCUAUACGUGGGGGGUAGGGGCCCUCUCCAGAACACACCUCCCUCCUCUGCAGGCAUGCCAGUGGAUAUCCACUCGGGCACUUUUCGUCUCUGGCAGAUCCAGAACGGUUCCAGUUUCCACGGCUGCAUCCAGAACUUGUACAUCAACAAUGAGCUCCAGGACUUCACCAAAACCCAGAUGAAACCUGGCGUGGUACCGGGCUGUGAGCCCUGCAAGAAGCUGUACUGUGUUCAUGGCAUCUGCCAACCUGAUGGAGUCCAGGGACCAGUGUGCCACUGCCAGCCAGGCUGGAGCGGCUCGCACUGUGACCAGCCGGCUCUAAACCCCUGCCAGGGAAGCAAGUGUGUACAUGGAAAGUGCAUCCCUUUGGAUGCUGAGUCAUAUCGCUGUCAGUGUGAGGAAGGUUACCGUGGCGCCCUGUGUAACCAACAAGGGGAGCUGUUUAACCCCUGCCGCCGCUUGUCCUGCAAACAUGGCCGCUGCCAGAUCUCAGACACGGGAGAUGCAUACUGUCACUGUGAAAGUGGCUACACUGGGGAGCUCUGUGAUGCAGAGUCUGAAUGUCGAGGGGAAGCAAUGCGAGACUUCUACCAGGUGCAGCGAGGGUACGCCAUCUGCCAGACAACACGCAUGGUCUCCUGGGUGGAGUGCACCGGGGCUUGCGACACAGGGGCCUGCUGCUCUAGCCAGCGGAUGAAACGCCGGAAAUACACCUUUGAAUGCAGCGAUGGAACCUCAUUUAGCGAGGAGGUGGAAAAGACCAUCAAGUGCGGCUGCAUGGGCUGCAUUUAGCACCACUCACCAUCACAUUUCCUGCCGCUGCCACAGAGCAGAAGAUGGAAAGCAAGGAAGGAAAGAAGGAAGAGAGAAGACUGCAGGAAAGUGGAGGAGGGAAAGCAAGAAAGAAAUUAUACAGAAUAUAUAUAAAACCUCUAUCUAUAUAUUAUGGACAACAAUGUUUGUAAAAUAGGACAUUUCCUCCCCCUUCUGAGGGUAAAACAGAGAAACCAACAUCAUGAGCAACAAUGUAGAAGUGACAACAACAAGAAAACCAUUGUAUCUGCAGCAUUGUUCCAAGGGGUCCAGAGAUUUCACAAGUGUUUCAUUCAGAGUGAAGCAUCCCUCUAGUCCAAAUUAUCCCAUGUGAAUUCCCCAUCCAUCCGUGAGGCCUCAGAUGGCUCGGCCACCAUCUUCCAUCCUAACUUCAAGGAGGCAGUGGGGUCCACUCUGGCUGAGAACGACAGAGGGAAAAAGAAGAUAAAAGAAGAGCUGGACCGUUUGAUAUGGCAAGGCUAUCUUGAGUUGAGCUUGGCUGGGUCACCUGGACUGUGCUGGAUGUAGUUUGGGUUGAGCUGAAACUGCCAUCAGUUUAGUGUAGCAAUUCCUCCACCCACACAUGCGCAUGCAGACGUGAACAGAAGGAAAGAGGAUGUAGGGUUUUAGAGCGGCACAUAAUCCAGUGCAGAUUUCAUGGCUUCGAGACUAGGUGGUCUGGUGUCACAGUUUUUUUUUUUUUUUUUGUUUGUUUUUUUGUUUUGUUUUGUUUUUUGUUUUGCUGUGAGUGACCGUAACAUAGAAACUCCCUGCAAAUAGAGACUGCACUGACAAGCAGCACUGAAAGCAACAGUCAUACAUCUCUGAAGUACAUGAUCACACAUGCAUGGCACACACACAAUCACAGCACAGCUUGAGAAAGGCUUGUGCAGCGCAGCUGUUGUACUUUGUUCGUACGACAAACAGCGCAGUGUAAGCAAUGGUCAUCAGCGUGUAUCGCCUUAGGGUUAGGAUGUUUUCCAUAAUCCCGCCCCCUUUGAGCAGGAGGCCGAUUAACCCAGCUCCCAUUGAUGGCUGCAAGCUUGUGCAAACUGUUGCAUGUGUGGAGCAAAGUUUGCCAACAAAAAUGUUGAGCUUCUUAAAGAACAAAAAAAUCUUAGAAUCACCUUCUGUUUUUUUGUCCUAAUUUCUUAUGAUUUGUUUUGUUUUUGUUAUAUUUUUCUCAUGUUGUAAUCUUGACUCCCUUAGCUCCCCCAGCCAACCCUACAACCCCUUUAUAUAAAAAUGCCUAACAGAUUCUAAUAUAUAUACAUAUACAUAUAUAUAUAUAUAUUUGUAUUUCGUUUUGGUAUAGUAUUUUUCUAUGUUAAAGAGUAAGUCUGUUUUCUGAAAGUGUUGAGACUGGUGGAAAAUUCUGUUGGUGUUUUUAUUUGUUGAUCUCACCUUCUCCAAAUACGGUAUUAAUUACAUUAAUUGGCCAAAAAUGCAGCAGUGGGUUGGCCUUGUUGUAUACGAGCCAGUAUUGAUUUAGUAAAAUGUUUAAUAUUGUAUAUGUUGUCUUCCAUGUGAAUAUUACAUCUAAUUCAUGAGAGUCUGUGCUUGUUUUUAUUUAUUUUAUCUAAAGGCAUUUUCCUGUAAAGUGAAAUAGCAGAAAUGUUUCUGGCAUUCAAGUGUUUCAAAAAGAUGGGGUUUAAAAAAAACGGUAAAAUAAUCACUAAAAACAGCAAAAAAUCGACUAAAUAGCGAGUUAUAACAGUAUUUUCCUCCUAUGUGGCACAGACAUUCCUCAUUUGCUGCAGGACUCAGGAGCUGAGCGUACAGUGCUGGGAUUAAGAGACCACCCCCCCCCCCAAAAAAAACAAAAAAAAAAAAAAAAUUAACCAAUCAAGUCUCAAGGUUUCUGAUUGUUUUAAUGUUACUUUGAAUCGGUGAGAUAUUUGCCAUAGAACAAAGGUGUUUUUUUUCAGUUUAGUCAAGCUCAACUGAUCAUAAGCUGCUGUCAAGCCGGAGGAAAUGGGAUGAAGUUGCCUCUGUGGACACUGAUCAUGUUACGGUGGAUCAUCCUCAGAUUUCUUUUGAAUGGGCAACUGUGUGAAGCAUUACAUGUCAACUACUGACAGACAAUAACGAGAAAAGUCUGGACAUUUUCAUUGUCUGUCAGUUCUGACUUGUUAACUACACACAAAAAAAGGAGAAAAAAAAGGAAGAAAAUGUGCCAAUUACAGUGAACAGUCAUACCUGAAUGUAUAAAUGUGUAUAGAUAAAUAUGACCUAUGCUUAUUCAUGAAGUGGUAACUUUUAGCUGUUAUUUAGUUUCCAGUGUAAGAUAUAGAAGUCACAUCCUGUUGAAAAAGUGACAGCCCAUCAGGAUGGAGUACGGCAUUGUACUGGGAUUGUGUUUCUCUAGAUGUCUCAUAAUGGUGUAAACGGCUGCAGACCCAGAUCUCGGCUCAGCAUCACAUCACGCAGCUCCUGUUUAUAUUGCUACCCAUCUUUGUUUUUACAUGCUGUUGAUGUGAUGCCAGUGGUGUACAAUAACAUUACAGAAGAUCUUGUAAAGGAUACCGAUGAACAGGCACUGUCAUGCUUAUGCUGUGUGCCUCAUAAAGGUGCACAUUUAGUCAAAUGUGACUUUCUUUUCAUGGCUCCUUUCCUUCCUCUGCACUGAUCUGUACUGGACUGGUGCAUUCAACUUCCUGGUAGACAUCUUAGUGGUGCUUGUGCUAUAUUGAGAUGUAAUUCCGUAAUCUGGUCAUAUAGCCAGAAACACAGACUUUCCAUUCUAUGAACUAUAUACAUAAAUGUUAUUGUGAACAACACAAUGUCUCUGUUGUAUUAAGAUGGUGCAAAAACUUAAGAAAUAUCCCGACUGGGUUCUGUCUGUUUGCUUUUGUGUUGCAGGACAGAUGGUGGGAUUGAACUCAAUUAUGCUGAAUGUAUGUAGUGCCACCGACAAAAUGUUUACCAAACCUCCACUCUUUUCAUUAAUUAAACUUAAAAUGUGUGUGCUUUUA